AUGGAUUCUGAUAAACCAUCAUAUGUUGUUCCUGAACUGGAGCGUGUAAAAAAGACUAGUCUUCUCCCAAUUGUUCGGCAUGGCAGUGGUACAAAAGGAGAGAAGAUACAACUUCUUACGAACCACUUUAGAGUAAACCUGGACAGUGCCAACGGUCAUUUCUUCCACUACAGUGUUUCCAUCACAUAUGAAGAUGGUGGCCCUAUGGAGGUUAAAGGUAUUGGGAGAAAGAUUCUUGACAAAGUUCAAGAAACAUACUACAAUGAUUUAGGCUCCAAGUACUUUGCGUAUGACGGCGAGAAGACUCUGUUUACUGUUGGUGCUCUUCCCUGCAACAAACUUGAUUUCUCUGUUGUCCUUGAAGAGAUGGUUUCUAGGAGAAGUGACGCGAACAUGAAAAGAUUAAAACGUCCUAACCAAUCCAAGAAAUUUAAUGUUGCAAUAAGCUUUGCUGCAAAAAUCCCAAUGCAAGCUAUUGCCAAUGCUCUUCAAGGAAAGGAAACAAUUCAUCUUCAAGAUGCUAUUAGAGUGUUGGAUGUUAUCUUCUGCCAGAACGCAGUGAGGCUGUAA